AUGCUUUUAAGACCCCCGCCAAAGAAGGCACUGAAAGCACCAACAAACAGCACUGGCCAAGCCAAUGAAAAGCACAAAAUACACUUUUACAGCCUGAAUUCGUGGAUCGAAACCGCGGAGAGUAUCCGCAAGGCGGCGUGGAGCAAAGCGGAAGAGGCUUACAGUCAGGACAGUGCUUACCGGGGCGAUUCAGAGUGCUCAGUGCAUGAUGCUUUGAAAGAUAAUAGUCCGAAUGUUGGCCUGAAACUGGGUGAAAUUGAUAAUGCUAGACAGAAAAUUGAGCAGGCAAAUAAGAGUCUCGGAAAUGAAGUUGACAACUUAGGUAGUUGGAAGCAGGCGGCCGGGAGUGUUAUUACCAAGGCCAACGAGAAGUGUGAUGAGAUACUUAAGAAAGUUAAGACAGAUAAAAGUGGCCAAAAAGGUCCGAUUUUUAAGGAAGCUGAAACAUUUAAAGAGAAGGGGAAAGAACUUUUGAACGUUGCGCAGAAGGCUAAGACAGAAGUUGAGAAGAAUGUCGAGAAUGCGUUGAAGGCUGUUGUGCAAAUGGACGGAGAUCUUAAGAUGGAUUUGUAUAAGGUGAGAGAGGAGAUUAAGACACAGAUUGGGAGUGCGCUUAAGAGUAUUAAUGUUCUGACGUUGGAUGAAUUAGUUAAAGGGGAUAUGAAGACGUUGAAGGAGAGGAUUAGUGAUGUGACUAAAGAUGUAGGUAAGGAUACAAAAAGUAGUGGGCUUCUACAAAAUGAGUUGUUCAAGCUUGAUGAGGCAAGAAAUACCUUUAAUCAGAAUACUGUUACCCCAAUUCAGAAUGCAGAAAAAGGCCUUGAAGUUAAGUUUAAGGAGCAGAUCCAGGAGAAGCUUAGCGCUGCGGUCAGUGAAGUUGACAGGGCGAUUCAGACGCUUGGCGGGAAGUUUAGUCAGAAUGAUAAAAAACUUCAACCGAUUUUCGAGCAUAUUAAAAAGCAGGUUGCGGAGAUUAAGGGGAAUGGAGGCGAAUGGGAUAACAGAGGUACAUGGAAAACCCCUGGCUCCGGCCUAGAUGGUAUUAGAACAAAAGUGCAGAAAUAUGUUGAUGCCUUCAGCGGUUGGCAAUUUGGAAGCAGAAUUACAGGCUGGACUGAGGACAUAUUAAAGCAUAACGGCGUGGUGAGGCCGAUGAUUGGUAGGAAUUUGCGUAUGAUCACGAAGGAACAGCUUGAAAUCGAUGCAGACACAGCCGGCCAAGAGGUUCAACAAAGAAACAAUGGCGCGGGCGGCGACAUAGUAAAAAACAUUUCAGCCGUGCAGGCCGGUUGCGAACAUUUUGCCGAUAAGCUUGAUGAGAGGAUGAAAAACAGUUUAAGUGAUACAGUCGAGGGCAGCCAAAAUAUGCGUCUGCGAGAGCGUGGCUGCAAAAACUGCAAAAAUUGCAGCGACGAAUUUUGUAAGAAGAACUCAGUCCUCGCCGCCAUACUCUGUGCCCUCUCCGCAACAGUGAGACAGGUGGGCAACGAGCUGAAUUCCGUGCUGCUCGAGCCCCCAGACACAAAUAUCGCAUCCAUCCUGGACACUAUCACGCCUAUUGCCAGUGAUCUCAGCGACAAGCUCACCCAGGCGACUGAGAAAUCCGGGUCGCCUCCCGUCUCCCAAGGCCAACCCCAAAGCCCCGCCCAAGCCGUGGACACUGCGAUCGGCGGAGUGAGGAAUUUCGUGGAAGGAAAAAAUGGUAAUAAUCUUACUAAAAUAUUUAAUGAUAGCGUCAUAAACAAUCUUAAGACUCAAGUUGGCUUACUUCCCACCGCCGUUGAAGCGUUCGACGGUGUAGCUAAAGCACAGAUCAAGGCUGCGGCCAAGGCGGCGAUUACAGCGGCGGCUGAGCAGAUUAGCGAUGCCCGUGGUACAAUUGAGCUUGGCGGUAAAAAUAACCUCAUGGAUACUUUCAACAAGCAGUUUACUACCAUCAAAAGCAGUCUCGAAGGAAACAUUAAAAAGGAAGUUGAUGACCACAUUGGUCAGGAUGAUCAGACAGGUGGUCAAGGUGGUGAUCAAAAAGUUGAACUUGAGAAAGGAAAAUUUCCGCAUUAUGAGAAACACGUUACACAACCUGUAGAGUUAGACAAAACACUAACUGGCAAGGCAGAUGAUGGUCAUCUUCCAGCGGCGAUCGGGGACAUCAAGACUGUGGGUCUGGCAGCGCUUGAAAAACCUGAAAUCAAAAAUAUGAAUAAUGAAACCUUCACCGGUCCGUUCGACAAAGUUACGAAUGAGCUUGAAGCGAUAAAGGAAUUGGUUGAGAAGGGGUGCCGAAGUCUCCCUGAAGGCGUCUGA